AUGAAAAUCGUCAUAAUCCCUCUUGUAGGACAGAACACUUCUGGUUGUGGAUAUAGCUAUUUGUUUGACUCAGAGUGGUGCCUUGAUCUUCAUGGUUUCCUCUCUCGCGACGAGUUCGCCGCUCGAAUUAACGAAAUCAAUAAACAUAUUCGCGAAUUCCCGCUAUUGAGCGAACGAGUACAGACAUACUUUACGUAUGCCUUUUUCGGGUUGCUCGUGAUCACGACUGCUAUUUUCCUUCCUUCCCUUGCGUUAACACCUCUCGGAAUAGCCCAUAUAAGCAUUAAUGUCGCAUACUUUGUGGGCAAAAAGGUGAUCGGAAACAUAGCAAGGAGUCGCGCAGAAAAAUUUAACAAUGCCGUCAACGGUUUGUUCGCCCAAUACAACCAGCGAGAGAACUCAACUGCCAAUUGGAAUCUAGUGUGGCGCUCCGUCAUCACCCAUUACACAAUAAAGAUGAAGGCAUCCUUGGAUGGGAAAAUCAAGGGGAAAGCCACGCCGAAUUAUGCUGAGCACGCAGAGAUAGUACUCGAAAUCAAUGACGCCCUUUCUGAUCUUACCGCCAAAACUGUCCGUGUUAACCUUGCGUCCGAAGUCGUUUCGCAUAGUCCUCAUCAGAUAGCUGUCAGUACUUCGACAGCUUACAAUUAA